GCUCCUUGGUUCACAUUUCGUACCCUCUGGAUCCUCCUUUGUUGUUAGAUCCGUUCGAGGACCACAUCGAGGGCGUGGCGUUUGUUGGUGGUGUGUCAGACGUUGUCCUUGGCUGAUGAGGAGCUGUGAGUUCUUGAUGGGGAACUGUUGAAGUGAUUGAACAAUGUGGUGUGUAAUUUUUGUUUAAAAAGAGUUAGAGACAAUGUUUUUUUAUUACUGUUAAGUGAAAUGUUAUAUAAGUUGGAUGGUCAACUUGGGUCUGAUGACUUGGUUGUUCUCUGACGUCGGGCAACUGGAACACACACGGAAGCUGCCUGUUACUGGAAUGAGGUCCACAACGAUGGUGAGUAAAUGCACCAUGGGGGCGCUGGCCUAUUCUCAAGUUGCUGCUCUGAAGCAUACGAUUGCCCAGUCUUCUACGAUGCUUACAAACCCCACUGGUUCGAGAACUUUGUCCGGCCUGUCUGGGUUGAGAGGACUUCGCCUGUCAAGAAGGGGUCCUAAAAAUGAACAUACACGAAACUUGACGAUUGUUGCCACAGCUGCACCUCUUUCUAGGCAAUUCACUUCAGUGCCAGGGUUUACUCAAAUUGGAGAGCCGGUCCCUGAGGGCGUUAACCUUAGCGAUGUCGUCAAGAGUCUUCCAAAGGAGGUUUUUGAGAUUGAUGAUGUUAAGGCAUGGCAGACUGUUGCUAUUACUGUGGGAGCAGUUGCCCUUGGGUAUGCUGCUCUAGCUGUGGCUCCGUGGUAUCUCUAUCCACUAGUUUAUGCCUAUUUGGGGACUGCAAUGACGGGCCUAUUUGUUGUUGGUCACGAUUGUGGGCAUAAUUCUUUCUCCAGAAGCCAAUUAGUCAAUGACAUCGUUGGAACAGUUAUGUUUAUGCCUUUGAUAUAUCCUUUUGAGCCUUGGAGAAUCAAGCACAAUACUCAUCAUGCUCACACUAACAAGUUGAUAAUCGAUACAGCAUGGCAACCAUUCAGACCAUACAUGUAUGACAGAGCCAAGGGGUUUGCUAAGUUUGCAAUGGAAGCUGCCAUGGGGCCUCUUUGGUGGAUAGCCUCUGUGGGUCAUUGGUUGUUCUGGCAUUUUGAUCUCAGCAAGUACAGACCUCAAGAUGUCCAGAAAGUGAAGGUGAGCUUGGCUGCUGUCGCAGCAUUUGGCGUCUUUGUAUUGCUACCGUUGCUUUUCUUGACUGGUCCCUUGGGAUUCGUGAAGUGGUGGGUGGUGCCCUGGUUGGGUUACCAUUUUUGGAUGAGCACUUUCACUCUUGUUCACCACACAGCACCUCACAUCCCCUUCAAGCAAGCUCGGGAAUGGAGCGUAGUGGAAGCGCAGUUGAAUGGAACGAUUCAUUGCGAGUAUCCUGCGUGGAUUGAGUUUCUCUGCCACGAUAUUAGUGUACACAUUCCUCAUCACAUUUCCUCGAAGAUCCCAAGCUACAAUCUCCGGAAAGCAUAUGCAUCUCUUCAGCAAAACUGGGAUAAACACUUGAACAAAGCUGAAUUUGGAGUUCCUCUGAUGACCACCAUUGUAACACAAUGCAACUUAUUUGACGAUAAGAAGAAAAGGUGGGUGAAAUUUGACAAAGCUUUACGUAGUGAACCGGUACAGCCAGCCGAAGACUAAUUCUCGGCUAGGUUUGGCACAAACGUGGGAAAAUUUUUCGAUCCUCUGAUUGGUUCGAGGUACUCAAGUAUUCCUCGUGAACGGGAAGAUAAUGAGAUUUGGAGCUCUUCAGUAUUGCGAAGACUUUUUUCUGAAGGUGGAGGAGGUGAUCAUUCAUAGUAGAUGGAGUUACACUCGAUCUGGUUUGUGUAUGCCCGCUGGCCUUGUUGGACACAUUUGGUCUAAAGUGCCUAUUCAAAAUAUAGGUAUGAGACGAGAAAUAAUCUAAAAGACGAGAAAAUUUAGCACAUUCAAAACGGGAAAUGCAAGAGGAAAUGCUGAUCCUUAGAACUUUCGAAUUGGCAGAUCCUCCGGGAUUGUCGGCUGUUUUUGGAGGAUAUGACUACUUAAAGGUCUUAAUGUGAAGAAUCCCAAGUACAUGUGGACUUUAGAAUAACAUGCUCUGUUUUCAGGUUUAGUUGAUCUCUAAUGCAAUUGAGCGAUUUUUUACCCCAC